UCUUUCUUUUCUCAAUGGUCUGGUGAAGGACCUAAAGAAGUAGGAGAUGAAGAAGAGGAAGAAGAUAGCUUAUCAGGUGAAAGCACGAAGAACUCAUUUAGAUCCUUGUCCCUUCCAAAACCAAACAUAUCUACCAGUGGUAUUCACAGGCUCUUCAAGGGAUUCAAGAAUUUCUCUCAGAUAUUUGUGUACAAGGAUGAUGAUAUGGAAGAAGUAAUGGAAAUGGAUAUGGAAAUAGGGGGUCCCACAGAUGUGAAGCAUGUGACACACAUAGGCUGGGAUGGUUCUGCUUCUGCUGCAUCUGCAACGACUGACCCCAUUAGGGGAUGGGAUAAUCUCAUAUCUCCUGAUCUGCUCUCUGUUUCCCCUGUUUCUUGGAGCCAAUUUGAGCUAUCCAUGCCUUCCCAAGCUGAUGUUGCAGUUCCUCUUGUUAACGGCUCUUCCUCUUAAAUCGUCUAAAAGAGAUUGGUGGACUGAGGAUGUGAUUGUAUUUAAGACUCUAAAUCAACGUCAUUGCCAAAUCGGAAUUCUAUAUCUCCCCCCUCCCCCUGUACGUACAUUUCCAUUAUGGUUUUCUGAAGCUUUUUAAUGGUGUAAUGAGUGAUGAUGACUACUAUGUAUGGCUUUGUAAUUAUAUGGCAUCUCAUACACACAUACAUAUAUAUAUAUAUAUACAUACUUGGCACUUAAUACAAU